AUGGGCGCCUUCGUUCGGACAGGACGUAGGCGAGAUGUGGGAUGUGGGAUGUGGUCAAACAAGGACAAACAGAUGGGACAGAGACGGAUGGUGAUAAAGGAGGAGGAUUCGAUUGAUCUAGUUGGGUUAUUCUCACCACUGAAAAUGGAGAUGAUGACUUUGGGGAUGAGGGUGAUAACGAGUUUGUCUGUAGGGGUGAGGAAGAGGAGGGCGAGGAGGAACCAGAAGGGCACGGGGAAACCCAAGAAUCAAAAGCGUAGAUCAGGACGGGAGAGAGUGUUUGUAAAAGGGAUGGUAGGUUUCAGCACCAGGCGCACCAUGGUUGCAGGUAGAACGGAUAUCUUGAGGUGGAGCAAGGGAUCCAACAUGUUCAGCAGAUUCUGUUGGCUCGCUUGGAUUCUGGGAUCGGAACGGGAAAUGGUAUUCUUGGCAUUGGUAUUGGUGCUGGUAUUGGUAUUGGUAUUGUGUUGGGUGUAA